CGGGAGCGGCGGCAGCAUGAGCCAGGCCGAGCUGUCCACCUGCUCGGCGCCGCAGACGCAGCGCAUCUUCCAGGAGGCCGUGCGCAAGGGCAACACGCAGGAGCUGCAGUCGCUGCUGCAGAACAUGACGAACUGCGAGUUCAACGUGAACUCGUUCGGGCCCGAGGGCCAGACAGCGCUGCACCAGUCGGUCAUCGACGGCAACCUGGAGCUCGUGAAGCUGCUGGUCAAGUUCGGCGCCGACAUCCGCCUGGCCAACCGCGACGGCUGGAGCGCGCUGCACAUCGCCGCGUUCGGCGGCCACCAGGACAUCGUGCUCUAUCUCAUCACCAAGGCCAAGUACGCGGCCAGUGGCCGGUGAUGCCCGGCCCGGCCCCUGCGCCCCGGAGCCCACGCCCGGCGCCCGUGUCGUCUCUGCUGUACCUUCCCGCCAACUACCUCGGUGUGCGCAGGGUCGCCGGCCCAGCCAGAAGCCCCGUGCCCGCCACGACGAAUUCGGCGCGCGCGUCCGUGGCCGCGGCGCCUGCUCCUCCCGGAUCCGGCACCUCCGCCGGCUGAGCGCCCCCCGGGGCCUCCCGGGCCGCGGCGCCGGGCGGAGCGAGCUUCACUGCCCCGCCGCCUCGCGGGUGGGGGCGGAGCGGAGGCUCCAGCCCCUUUGAAAUUUGAGUCUCGCACCAGCAAGUUCGGAAUCCCGAGAUACCGGAUCCUCGGCUCGAAAUGUUUUCUUCCGAAGGUGAAAGACGGACGGCGGGGGAAAGCCGGACUCGGGGCGCCCCCGCCCGGAGGACGCGCCCGCCGCCCGCGCAGGGGUCCUGGGCUAGGAGGAGCCGGGCUGCGCUGGGUGGUUCUCAACUAUUUAUCAUCAGUGCUGCUGACCCUUCAUGCCGAAAUGGGGAGCUGAGAGGACACAGGUGGAUGGGGCCUUUGUGCAGGGCUGGUCACACGGCUGCAUCUGCGGCGUCUGUUCCGCCCUGUGUGGGGAGCGGAGACGACCACGUCGUGAGACCCUGGCGGUGAAACUGAGGCACAGAUCGCUCCGCAGGGAGCUUUUCUGUAUAUUUUUUCUAGAUGCAAAUACUUUUUUAAUUAUGUUAAUUAAUGUUGAGACUUUUUAGGCUUGUCUCCAAGCCGUGUUUGUCUUGUCUGGUCACGGCUAACUGGAUAAAAGUCGACAGCAUGUCCCGAGAGUGUACGACAGAAACCUGUAGCCCAGCGUGAAAAAUUUUAAAUAAAUUUUUCAUUGAUUUUUUUUAUAUGAAAAA